AAAAUAUAGUUCUAAAGAAACUCUUACCGAAAAAACAAAUAUCCAACAGAAAAAAUGGAUUAUUCUCAUUCACCGCCGCGAACGCUAGGAGGAGGUGGAGGUGAAGAAGAAGAAGUAGGAAUAGAAUGUGGAAAAUGGGUGGAGCUGCCGAGGGUGAUGGCGUCGAUCCUGAAGAGGGUAGGUGCAAUCGGCAUAUUGGCAAACGUAGAGAGAGUGUGCAAGACAUGGCGCAACAUCUGCAAGGAACCUUCCAUGUGGAGAUCUAUCGAUAUGCGUAAUUUGGGUGAUAUUUGGGACAUGGAUUAUGAUAUGGUCAAAAUCUGUAGGCACGCUGUCGAUCGCAGCUCAGGUGCUUUGCUUCAUAUCAAUAUCGAGUAUUUCGGCACGGAUGACCUCCUCCUUUACAUAGCCGAUAGAUCAACUCAGCUCAAAAGUCUUCGGCUCUUAUUUUGCCAGAAUAUUUCUGAUGAGGGAUUGAUUGCAGCAGCUUCUAAAAUUCCAUUGCUGGAAGAGCUUGACCUUUCAUACUGCUCAUUCUCAAAGGCAGCUCUAGAAAAAGUUGGGCAUUGUUGUCCUUUAUUAAGAUCAUUCAAGUUAAACACCACAGGGUACAGAUAUCCAUGUAUAGAGUGUGAUGAUGAGGCACUAGCUGUUGCAGAAAGUAUGCCCGGGCUACGUCACCUCCAAAUGUUUGGGAAUAAGUUGACAAAUGAUGGCUUGCAGGCUAUUCUUGAUGCUUGUCUUUACCUUGAAUCACUUGAUCUGCGCCGGUGUUUCAAUGUUAUUUUGGAAGGGCAGAUGGGGAGAAGAUGUAGUGAACGCAUCAAAGAUUUGCGGCAGCCUAACGAUUCCACUGAUGACUAUCCAUUUGAUUCACGAUUUCCUCACAUUUUAUGGUCUGAUGAGGAAGACUACCCUUGUAGAUUUUCUGACAUUGAUUUCAUGUCUGAUGAUGAUAACUAUGAGUUCUCAUUUGGCAGUAAUUUUACGGAGGUUUAUGACGAAGAAGAUGGGUGGCUUUUCUGAAGCAGUUGAGGUCUCUACAGACGAGUGAAACCAAGCUAUGCAAGUGUAGGCACUGACCCAACAUUUCAGUGUUCUUGGUACCAGCUAGGUUUUUGUGAAGAGUUUGUACAUGUGUUUUUAUUUUUUAUUUUAAUUUUAUUUCGAAGACUGCUUUCUCAUGUGGACCUAAACUGUAUUUUUUAUUUAUGUGCGUUAUGGAUCGUCUCUCAAUUGACUUUGGAUCCCACUUCCCAGGUAGUGAGGACCAUAAUUUUAAAUCAUCUAGUUUACUGCCUCUUGCCAAGUAAAA